UCCAGUGGAGGAGAGACGCUCACCUCCUGCUGUUUAUAUUUUCACUGACAUUCCAACAGAAGACAGCUGCAGGUAAAAUCAUCUUGCUGUUAAAAGAGUCUAACUGCGGAAUAAUACAUACAAAAUGAAAACCGUCUUAUCUUCCGGAUCAGGCUGGACUAAAUGAUAAAGGACUUUCUGUGCUUUUAGUAGGUGGAUAAAUGAUUAAACAAUGCCGCCACCCAAAAAGUCGCUUUUGUUCCUGGUUUGUGUAUUUUGCACGUUCUGCUCUGCGCGCUCUGGGGACUUUGGAGACCCCAGACCCUGCUCUGGAUCACACUGCCCGGUGGGCAGAUCAUCCAGACCACCGCGACAGCACAAUCCGAUAACACAGAGCAGAUCAAUAAAUCACCAUCAUGCUCCCUCCAGCUUUCCAUCGGAACAUCACGCAACGCCUCUGUCCCAGCGCGCGCGGUCUGGAGACAAGACAAGGGAAACCGUCCAGACGCGCGUCGCUGGAGUUUUUGGUGCUGUGUGCGCAGAUUGUGUUACUCCUCAAAGACCAGAUCAUGUUAUGAACGACACCAGAGAAUGUAAAGGAACUGAGUGUCGUCUGCCCCUUAGGAUACGACCGAACCCCAGACCGAAACCCUGUGCUGGAGACGGAUGUGUGCUCGGGACCAGCCAGCCUCCCCUCAUCCAUGUGGCAGACAGAGCCGCUCAGUUUUUGGGGGAAUUUCCGGACAUUGGAUAUCCCGCUUCAGAGAGUGGGGCUCCUCUGGGAGUUCAGCUCACUUGUGACAUCAAACCAGGGGAGAAUGAGGUCCCUGCCGAGGAUGCCCUUAUCCUGCAUCUUCAGUUGGCAAAGGGACAAGAGAAACUGGUGGAGGCUUUGAGAGCUCAACAAGUAGUGAUCCGUGAUCUGCAGCAGAGACUGGUGGAACAGCAGGGGGCCCUCCUCUCCCAGCAGCGUGAGAUACUCAACCAGCAGCGCCGCAUGUACGAGCAGAUGGAUGUGGUGAAAGCUCAGUAUGGUCUGCUUUCUGAGACCGUCAAGCAGUUCUCGUUCAAAGGCUUGGAGGGAGAACUACAAAGCUAUUUUGAAAGCCACCUGGCCGGCCUUCAGAGCCAAGCACGUACCCACACGCAAAAGUCCUAUGCUGUGCAUAAGGUAGAUGUGGAUGCCAAAGUGGUGAAUGUAGUUGGAGAUGUCGGCCAUCCAGUGUUGGGUUGUCAAAUUGCUUGUGGGCCUGAAGAAUACUGCGACUUCCAGAAAGAUCCACCGCAGUGUGAAAGCUGCACUAUGUGUCCCCCUGGAUUCUUCCUGGUGUCACAGUGCUCCCCCAAUGCUGAUAGGAUGUGCCAGGACAGGGAUGAAUGCCUCGAAUUACCAAGCCUGUGUGGAGAGCGAGUAAAAUGUCUUAAUACCCCAGGUGGGUUUCGUUGUCUCGGCGUCUCUGAGAGGGAGAUGUCCGCAGGGCUGUGUGGUCAUGAGUACUUCUACAAUCAAGAACUUCAUGAGUGCCAUGCUUGUUCAGACUGUGAUGGCGAGCCUGUUGGCAUUCCUUGUACUUUCACCAGUGAUGCUGUAUGUGGAACUGUGACUGAGAACAUGCUCUCACAGUCCUGGACGGCUUCGAUUGCCAUACCGCCUACAAAGUCGAAGAGUACUUCCAUCUAUCCAGGACUACAGCUCAAUAUCCGUGGCAAAGCAGGAAACAACCUGUUGACCAACCAUGAUGAUUACCUCAUCCUGCAACAACAUGGACUGGUCUGGAUAGACUACAACAUUGCACUAAAGCAUAGCUGCAGGAACUUUCUCCAAGUCGGGAUACAGAUAAAUGGCAGUGAAGAGGAUGCUAGAGAUCUCAGUGGGGUUCGAAUUGAGCAGCCUGAAAGGAAGUUCUUCCAGGGUGUGACUGUAAGUGCAGCAGUUGAGGUGGAACCCAAUCAUACUCUGACACUUGUGCUGAAGAGUCCCAACCAAUACUGCAACCAGAGUAAAGAUAUUCAAGCCUAUGAGCUUGGUGGAGCUUCGUUCAGCUUGCUCUGGCUAUCCCAUGACACAGGCGCUGUGGCCAUGACUGCUCAGAUCUCCACUUCAGCCCACUACCAGAGUAACUAUCGCCCCACCUUCCGUAUAGCCACUGUCUCUGAUCCCUACAUAGUGGCUCUGACCCAUGACAGCCGCGGGAUUCGUUUCAUGGAGACCGGCAUGGUAAAGUUUGUUCUCCAACAGGCCAUCUAUUCAAUGGGCCAUUCUUGUGUUCGAGAUGGUUUCACACUGAUUGUCUACGUCAACAGAAAUGGCACUAACCAGGAGGUGCUACGCUCCUUCAAGUCUGGCGUUAACUACAGAGACACCUCCAUCAACCUUUCUGGGGCCACAAGGGUGGACAGUGAAGACUGGCUCUAUUUUGAAAUUGUUGCCCCUUCUCAGUGCAAUGUCCGCUACUUUGGUGACAGUUCUGGAAUUAGUAUGCUGAGCUUGAUAUGGAUCCCUACUGGUGUCUCCUCCAUGUUCACAGCCACUGUCUCAAGAGCAGGUCUACCUUCUGGGGCAGUGCGAAAUAAACCCCUUCUCUUUAGGCAGAUGAGCCCAAAUACAGACCAGAUGCGACUAGCUGGAUCUGGUGAGCCGCAUACUCAUAGGAACUUUGUGUUUUCAGAUGUUGGGACGGUCAGUGUGGCACUCAACCUAAAACUGAUCCACUCCUGCAGUGUGGUCAAGCUGACCCUUUACCGGCAAGAUACAGAUGGAAGUCAGGCUGCAUCCUUGGCCCAGCAGGUGGGUGGACAUAUGCCUGAAGGUAGUGAGUGGGCCAGUGUGGGGCUGAGAACUUCUUUUGAAGUGCAGAAUGGUACUGCCAUUUAUGUUUCUCUGGAUUGCAUUCGUGGCCGGAUCAACCAGAUCACCCACGAGGGCGACACCAACAUCUCCAUUCUUUGGGUUGGCAUCAUGAUCCCAAGUAUGCAAUCUUAGAUCUAAGGUGCCGUAAUCAACUGAAAAAAUACUUUGCAAAAUUGGUGCUUUCAUAAGACAAAGUAGAGAACUUUAAACAGAUGAACUUUCCAAAAAAUGGUUCAUUUUUAAAAUGAAAAAUGAAAUGCACAGGUGCUAUUAAUACUCCUCUGGUAUUCGGAUUGUACGUUCAUUGGCAUUAUGUGAUGUAUUAUUGUAAAAAUUCAGUUACAGAAACAUAAAUACACGUUUGAAUUUUUCUUGGCUAGAACAAUGAACUAAUAUAACCUUUAAAAAGUACUUUUUCAGUGCUUUGGCUGGUUGAGCAGUGACCAAGGGAGUAAUCCCUUUAAAUGUCUGCAUACAGUAUUUUUGUGCAUGUUUGAUAGAAAGUGUGUUUGUUAAAGAGAAAGAAUGUAUAUUUGUAAGCUGAUGUGAUGAUUUUGUUGCACUUUAUCAACACUGAGGUGCAUUAUUUUGUACAGUGCGCAAUUUUGUAUUUUGCCCUUUUGAAACAACUGGGAUUCAAUUAAUAAAGCUUGAUCUAUAUGAAAGAUUAAAAUGAUAGAAAAUAUUAUAGAAAUUAUAGAAAUCAAAAUAACAAUAUAAUGAAAUCAUUAUGCAUCUUUCAGCUCUUGAAUAUUUAAAUUUAGUACUAUGAAUGAAUACUGCUGACCAUAAUGUCCUGACAUUGUAAUUAAUAAGAAACAACACAAAACAUUAACAAAGUUGUCCAUUCAUGCUUAGUUACAGUGUAAGUGGCAUAUGUCUUCUAUUACUCUGCCAAAAUGUCUGCCAUUUGGUGUCUUUGCAUACCAUGUUUAAUUGCUUCUGCGUGUGCUCAAACUACAGAUUACAGUGAAGUGAACAAACAUUUGGCAACAUUAAUAUCAUGUCUGCCGUCACUGUAAAACACGUUAAAACCAAAGUAUACCUUUCAUUUACUGUAGAAUUAAUGUAGAGUGUAAUCUUCUAUUUAAAAAAAUAUGCUUCUUAAUAUUUUAUAAAAGCUUUUUGGUGGCUCUAUGAAAUACAAUCUACUUGAAAGUCUAAAUGGACUGUACUACUCUUACAAUAUAUUUUAACCAAGUUCUAUACUUUAGUAGAGAACAGGUUAUUUCCACUGCAUUUUUAUAAAUAAAAAUAAAAAACAUU